UCUUUGCCAUUACUUCCUUCCCUCUCCGAUUUCUCAUUCUUUCCUUCUUUUUUCUAUCGCAGAUAGAUAACGUUUUCUUCCCCGGCAAAAUAUUUCUACCUUAGAUUUAGAAAUUCAAAAACAUAAAAGAAUUAUAGUUUAGUUGUGAAUAUAGAAGAAAAUCAUUCUUUUUUAUUUUCUUCUAAUCUGAUCUGCAAGUGAAGUUACACAAAUUAAACUUACCAAUAUCAGAAUUCAAUUACAAAAUCUUAAGAAAAACAAAUUAAUAGAAAAGGAUAUGGAGAACAUGGACGUUAUCUCACCGGAAAACGCCUCAGGGCCACCAUCACCACCUCCUCCUCCCGUAAAGUCAAACUCCGGUACGAUGUGGAAGAAGUCAACGCUACAAAAAUGCAAUAUCUUUGCUUCUAAAGCUACAAGAGAUGCAUGGGAUCGUAUGUUUGACGAAGCUCAUGGAGCUGAUGUUUUGAUUCAUACGGAUGAUAAUGGCUUGAUCUACGCGCAUUCUAACGUCAUCGGAAUGGCUUCAGAUGUUAUCAGAGGACUGAUGAAGCAAGAUAAGACAAACUCCCGACGCAAAUCAAUCUCAAUCCUCGGAGUUCCUCACGACGCUGUUCGCGUUUUCAUUCGCUUCUUAUACUCUUCUUGCUACGAGAAACAAGACAUGGAAGAUUUCGCAAUGCAUCUUCUCGUACUAUCACACGUCUACGUGGUUCCGCAUCUUAAACGAGUUUGCGAGUCGCACUUCGAAAACACUUUGCUCAACGAAGAGAACGUGAUUGAUGUGUUUCAGCUAGCUCUUCUCUGUGACGCUCCUCGUCUCGGUCUUCUCUGUCACAGAAUGAUACUCAAGAGCUUUGAAGAAGUCUCUACUUCUCAAGGAUGGAUAGCGAUGAAACAAAGUCACCCUAGUCUUCAUAAAGAGCUCUUACGCUCUGUUUCUUACGAGCUUAACAGCUUGAAGCAAAGAAGCAGGAAACAGAAAGAGAUACAGACAUAUACUCAGCUGUAUGAUGCAAUGGAAGCUUUUGUACAUAUAUGUAGAGAUGGAUGCAGAGAGAUUGGUCCAACAAAGAUCGAAAACCCGCACGUGUCUUGCGGGUUUCAAGCGUGCAAUGGUUUGGAGAUGCUGUUGAAACAUUUGGCGGGAUGUAAACUGAGAUCAAUCCCUGGUGGUUGCAGCCGUUGUAAGAGAAUGUGGCAGCUUCUUGAGCUUCACUCGCGUAUCUGCGUAGACUCGGAGCAAUGCAAAGUCCCUCUUUGCAGUAGCUUCAAGGAGAGGAUGAAGAAACAAAGCAGGAAAGAUGAGAAGAGAUGGAAACUUUUGGUGAAGAAUGUUUUGAGCACCAAGAGAAUUGGAGGAUCUCCUUUCUUUUUGCAAGCAAUUGAUGUUAAUAUGUGACAUUAUUAUUUCAUUUCAUAAUAGAGUUAGAGAUUGCAUAUAUGUAAUAUACAUAGGUAGUAGAUUCAUUGUAAAGAGAGAGAUUUUGAGAUUUAAACAAUCUUCACUCUCUAGUUACAUCACAAACCUCGUUUAAAAAGAGUGUAUCUGAUCAUAAUACCAUAAGUGUUU